UCUCCUCGCGGAAGAGAUAAAUUGUGGAUAGGAGGAUAUAAGUCUGAGAUUUUAUAAUCUUUUGAAGCCUUCUGAUUGGUUGAUUAUUUUACUUGUCAAUUAUCAGCCACCACAAUUUCCAUACCUGAAAUCUUAACCACCAAUCCAUGAUUCUCACUUUGUACAUAAACCCACCCUUCACCUCCAAAAUACACAGCUUUUCUCCAUCAACAGUCAUAUUACAGAGAAGUUCACAGCUCUAAACUUGAAGAAGAAAUGUCAUCAAUGGCUGCCACUGCCAGUUCUAGCACUGUUGUUAGGGCAACUCCAUUCUUGGGCCAAACAAAAAAUGUCAACCCUCUUAAAGAUGUUGUCUCUAUGGGAAAUGGAAAAUACACCAUGGGUAAUGAAUUAUGGUAUGGACCGGACCGCGUCAAGUACUUGGGACCGUUCUCAGCUCAAACUCCAUCGUACUUGACCGGAGAAUUCCCCGGUGAUUAUGGUUGGGACACUGCUGGAUUAUCUGCUGAUCCUGAGGCAUUUGCAAGGAACAGGGCCCUUGAGGUUAUUCACGGGAGAUGGGCAAUGCUUGGAGCUCUGGGAUGCAUCACCCCAGAAGUUCUUGAGAAAUGGGUUAAAGUGGAUUUCAAAGAGCCAGUGUGGUUCAAGGCUGGAGCUCAAAUCUUCUCUGAAGGUGGACUAGACUACUUGGGCAAUCCCAAUCUUGUACAUGCACAGAGCAUUUUGGCAGUUCUUGGAUUCCAAGUUGUUCUCAUGGGACUCGUUGAAGGAUUCAGAAUCAACGGUUUAGAAGGUGUCGGUGAGGGCAAUGACCUUUACCCCGGUGGCCAAUACUUCGAUCCUCUUGGCCUUGCUGAUGACCCUGUGACUUUUGCUGAGCUCAAGGUGAAGGAAAUCAAGAAUGGAAGGCUAGCCAUGUUCUCCAUGUUCGGAUUCUUUGUUCAGGCUAUUGUCACUGGAAAAGGCCCUCUGGAGAAUCUGCUGGACCAUCUCGAUAACCCUGUUGCUAACAAUGCCUGGGUUUAUGCCACCAAGUUCGUGCCAGGAUCAUAAACCCAGUUUCAUUUGUUCGUUCUAGUACCACAAAAUGAAGAGAAUGCAUGAUUGUGUAAAUUUGCACUGAAUUGCACAAAUGAUUGGAGAACGGACGCAUUUACUAUUUCAAUUCGACAAAUAGUGUCAUGUACAUUUCUUUAUAUCUUCCCAACAUUCAAUUGAAUAAUGAAUUACAUCAUUGACACA